AAAUUAGUCAAAUCAUCUAAUUUUAACCAAGAAACUGUUUAUCAAACACAACCUAUAUUAUUGAUGUUAAAUUACGACCGAGAUUUCGUUUGGAGUCCAGCUAAUAGGCUAAAUUAUUACUAUAAUAACAGUCCAUUCCCACUCUCCUCAAGUCAUCAAGUGUCAAAGUCAAUACUCUCCUCAAGUCCUCACUUCUUAUCUUCGGAUCCCUCAACUCGUAUUUUCCUUCAAUUAUUGAUUUUGAAUUCCUCGAAUCACCGGAUCUGCUCAUAAAAUCAUCAUCUGAGCUCUGCAGUACUUGAAAGGAGAAGCAAGGGAAAUCUUAUUUGAUUAAAGGGCAUUAUGGAUAGUGCUUUUCUAGAUGCCUUUGCAUCAAAUGUUCUCAAGACCCUUUGGAAUCCAGUAUUCAAGGUCAUUGGUGAUGAGUUAUAUAAGAUAAAAGAUAUGGAUGUAGCACUGAGAAAGCUGGAAAUGAGAAGAAAGGAAGCCCUAAACCUGCUAUAUAAGGUAAAACCUAGCAGCAGACGUGAAGCAGAUAAAUUGUUAAGCUAUUUAUGCAAAGCUGAAGAUCUCAUUGAAGUGAUUGAGUAUGAGAUUCAAAAAUUGAAACCACCCACAUAUACCAGUGUCUCCGGGCGUUGUAUUCUAGUCUCACUAAAAAACUUGACUAAGCCUCAUCAAAUAGAUGAGCUGCAAAAGAAGAUGGCUAAAAUAAUAGAUGAUUUGAAAGAACAAGAGGACUUGAGUCAACAGAUUCAACCUCUGAUUAAACCAAGUCCUCCCAACAAAAAGGUGAAUUUAAUCGGGAGGGAUGCAGAUGUUCAGAUCUUACUUGAAGAGCUAACUUGUUCAGAGAAAUAUGGUUCGAAUGGAGUCUCUAUAAUUGGCAUGAGAGGUGUUGGAAAGAGUGCACUUGCUGAUCACAUCCUUAAUCACAAGAAAGUGCAAGCUAAAUUUCCUCUUAUAUUACAAGCUUCAAUGUUUGGCACAAGAUUUUGUAUGGAAGACUUGUUUUCCAAGUUACAGGUGGUCUAUUCUGAAGGGAGGCUCAACGGAAAUGGUCAAGGUCAUCUCUUGGACUGUGAUAAGUGGUUAUUAAUGCUAGAUGAUCUUGAAGAAGUCUCCUCAAACACUUGGUGCAAUUUCCAGACAGAGUUUCUAACAGCUGCGAAAAAAAUUCUCAUUACUUCUCUUAGUCCUCGAGUUGGAAAAAUGGCUCAAACUACCCUUCUUUACUUAAAGCCCAUGUUAGAGGAACAUUGUCGAGACUUAAUCCGCCAUGAAAUAGACCGUGUACAUCGUUGUCCACCACCUCAGCCUUCUAUAAGCAUUGACUUGGCUAAAAAAUCUCGUGGCUUGCCGUUGGUUGCUACUUUCUUAGCACAAUCAUUGCUUGGGACUGAGGAAGAGGAUCGAUGGUUUAUUCACGAAGACUUGUGGAAGUGGCCAGGAAUUGAAAAAGAAAUUCUUCCAAUUCUAAAAUCAAGCUCCAUGAGUCUUGAAUUGAAAUUGAAGAGAUGUUUUGUUUACUUCUCUUUGUUCCCUCAUGACUACCUAUUCUGUCGGGAGGAUUUGAUCCAUAUGUGGAUUGGAGAACGACUGGUUGAACCUCAUGCUUCAGGUUUUGAAUUAAAUGGGCAGAACUUUUUCAACGAGUUACUGGAACGAUCGAUUGUUCAACCUCAACCGGUUGAUAGCUAUGGCUUGACUAGGUACGAGAUUCAUAGAUUCACUCAUGACUUUGCCCAAAUGCCUGCAUUCUCAAAAGCAUAUGUCCGAAGUGGCGAUGAAUGCAUGUCUAGCUCUUAUGAGUGGGAUAAAUACACCCGUCAUUUUUCCUUGUCUUCCAAUAAGCAGAUCCAACCUUCCUUAUGGGACAAAAUUAGGAAGCACCUUCAGGGUUUAAGGACAUUGCUUCUUCUUUACAAUAGGCAACAGAUUGGACGAAUUGGUGAAAUUCCUUCUAAUUUUUUUGAUAAAUUAUCUGGUCUUAAAGUGCUAUCCUUGAAUAAUACCGAUAUUUCCGACCUUCCCAAUUCUGUAAAAAAGUUGAAGCACCUUCGUUAUCUAGACAUUUCAAACACUAAUGUCAAAAAAUUACCUGAAAAGCUUGCUAACCUUUCUGCCCUGCAAAUUCUCAAGAUUAGAACCGACCUUGAAAUCCCUCAAUUACCUGUAGAUUUCAACAAAUUGACUAAUCUAGCAUUCAUUGAUUGGCAUGAGAGUCAUAUACUGAAAAUGGCCUCUAAGCUGAGCAAAAUUGGGAACCUCGUCAACCUUCGGACUCUUCCUGUAUUCAUCGUAGAUAACAAAGAAGGGCAUCGUAUUACAGAGCUGAAGGAUAUGAAUCAUAUUCAGGGAUCAAUGAAGAUAACAAACCUCCAUAAAAUCACUGACGAGGCAGAGGCUAAGGAGGCAAUGCUAUCUUGUAAGUCUUCUCUCCAAAAGUUGGUGUUAAUAUGGAAAGGUAAUGUUUCAGUUGCAGAGGAGGUUCUCAGAGGCCUAAAACCUCAUGAUCAGCUGAAAGAGUUAAGAAUUGUAGAUUACAGUGGUGCUACAUUUCCACAAUGGCUUUCACACGACGUAACUAAGCUUCAGAAACUUGAGUUAGUUGGAUGUCAGUCUUGUUGUAACUUGCCUAAAAUCGGACAGCUCCCAGAUCUUAAACUCCUUCAUCUUAAGAAAAUGAGCAACAUUAGAAGUUUGGACCAAAAUUUUUGUGGGGUACCUAGUAGUUGUACUACUACUGGGUGUCUCCGUUCGCUUGAGUCAUUGGUAUUACAUGAUAUGACAGAGCUUCAAGAAUGGAAUGGAAUGGAAGCCAAUAUCAUGCCAUUGCUUCGUGAGCUUAAGAUUGUGAAUUGUCCGAAGCUGAAGAGUCUGCCUUCUUUUCUGUACCAGUUUACUUCACUUGUUGAUUUACAGAUUGAAGAGUGCAUAUCUCUGAGCUUGAUACCAAAGCUGCCAUCAUCAUUAGAGGCAUUGAACAUUGGAAAUUGCAAUAUGCUGAUAGAUAAAUGUCAAGAUGGAGGUGAACAUUGGUCAAACAUAAAACAUAUUCCGGAUGUUUUUGUUGAUGGUAUAAAAAUGCCUACAACACCUGCUGAACACAUCUCUUCUCGAAAUGCAGAAAAUCAUAACACGUCUCUCCAGGGUUUCCAAUAUGUCAUUCAAGGUGUUGUUUCAGCAUUUGGAUGGCUGAAGCAUUGAAUCAAUACAAGGUAAACCAUGUACGCUUUGUUUACCUCACCUUCAUUUAAAAAAAAUACUACGAGGUGUUUCUCAAAGGGAAAUCUGUGUUUCUCACUGUGAGAAACAUAAUUGUUUCUCACAAUGGCAUUUCUGUAAAUAAAUAGAUGUUUUACACUUACAGAAAUGUCGGUAAUGCCCCCAUAAAAAUGACUUAUAUGAGGUGAAAUGUCGGUAGUGUCCCCAUGAGAAACAUAAGCUGUUCCUCUUUAUUCCUGGGUUUCCAUUACAUAUUGAAGCAUUGCAUCAAUAAAUUGGAUUAUAUCAAAGUCGGCGCAGUAGAGAAACUGAUCAUCAGCAUCAUGGAGUCCACAUUACCUGAUAAUGUCUAUCAACGACAGAUUUGAUGCAGCUUUCCAUGGCCGAGUAACUCUCUUCUUGCCCAAUUUUCGACAUCUACUUACUCUGGGUCUAAGACGACACCAUUUACUGAUUUAGUUUACUCUACUUUGGUUUCUUUGGAGAUUUGUCAUGUAAGUGUGCAAAUAUUUAAUUGUCAAUAAGACGUAUAACUCAUAUUCCCUCUUUUCCGAAACAAUGACUACAUUUUUUAGUUGUUUCAAAAUAAUUCCUUGCUGUGCUCAUCAUUUUUAUAUAAUUCUAUCACUUUUUUUUUUUUUUUUUUUUUUUUUUUUUUUUUUGACGACAUUCUCAAAUUUUUUUGUACAACAAUUUGAUUCAAGACUUAGGAGUUAGGAUUUUGUAUGGCCAUGAGUCGAGUACUCUCUCUAUCUCAAACUAUAUCGUCACAUAAAUAGGUUAACUUACUCCUAUAUAGAUAUAUACUAGUACAUUACAUGACAACUAAAUGCAAGUAUGCAACAGAUACUACAUUAAUGAUAUGCAUAUAUACUCGAGUAAAGUUGACAUUUACGCUAUAAUAAAGACUAAUAAUACGAAGUAUGCAUAGGUUUUUCCUAGGACCUAGGUUAACAAAUAGACCAAAAAGCAAAAUGUUACAUGAUAUGGGCACUUCAACUACAAGGUGUGUACAACUUCUG